UAAAUAAUAAUCUUUCAAAGUUAAAAGUGUUGUUAUUCGGAAUAAACAUGGAUGCAGAUUUUGAAGAAUUGUCACAUGAUACAGAUAUUAUUACAAGAAUUAAACAAUUUCGUGAUAUAACAUUAAAAAUUGAAGAUACAAUUAAAUAUGCUACAGAUCCUGCGAUAUAUGAAAAACUUUCUAACACAGAUAAAAUUGAAUAUAAUCUAUUAAUGUCUUAUUGCUUAAAUAGUAUGUUUUGGAUGUAUUUACGCGCAGAAGGAAUUGAUCCAGCAAAACAUCGAAUAAAAUUGGAAAAUGAUCGUUUAAAAAAGUCUAUGACACGUGCAAAACAAAUUAAUGACAAGAAAACUCUAAUGCCUCAUAUAAACAAAGAUGCAGCACAAAGGUUUGUUAGAAAUGGAUUAUGGGAAAUAAAAAAUAAAAAAAAAUAAUAUAAAUAAUAUAAAUUAUAAAUAAAUUUGUAUUAUGAUUUAAGUAUAAUAGUGCAUUAAAUUUAUAAAAAACAUGUUUUAAAUAUAUAUUUAUGUGUAUGUUAAAUUUAUUAAAAAAUAAGUGUUUUUU